AGCACCAAAGCAGUCAAGAAAUAGUGCCAGAAAAACUAAGUCCAGGAUGCAAAUCAUAUUCAUCUCAAGCCCCCAAGGAGCCCACAAACUGCAGGUUUAGAAUCCAAGUAACCAUCCUGCCGAUCAGCAACAUGCUGGGGAUAAACUGCACCCGCUCUGCUCUUUUUACAACAAAUGCCACAGUUUUCAGUGGCGUGGGCUGCCCCGAGGUUGCUGUGGUGUGUGGAAUGAAUAUCUCCUGGGUGUUGGCUGACAGUACUGCACAAGAUCUAGAUGACAUGUGCUUGAGUGAGGAGGAGUACCUGGCCAAGCAGCUGGGGCUUCCAAGGUCCCCUGCAUUCCUUCCUGUCUCUGUCAUCUACCUCACCAUCUUUAUGGUGGGUGUACUGGGCAAUUCUCUGACCUGCAUUGUCAUUUUGCGCCACAGGGUGAUGCAGACACGCACCAACUACUACUUGCUGAGCCUGGCGGCGUCUGACCUGCUGGUGUUGCUGCUGGGCAUGCCAUUAGAGCUCUACGAGAUGUGGCAGAACUACCCUUUCCUGCUGGGGGAGGGGGGUUGCUACUUCAGAACAUUCCUGUUUGAAACCGUCUGUUUCGCUUCCAUCCUCAAUGUCACGGCUCUCAGUGUGGAGCGCUACGUGGCAGUUGUGCACCCCCUCAAAGUCAAACACAUGACAACACAUGCUCACGUCAAGAGGGUCAUCUUAAUGCUGUGGGUGGUGUCCAUGCUGUGUGCUGUGCCAAACACUAGUCUGCAUGGCAUUGAGGUGGUGCUGCCUCCAAAGUUUGGACGACCGUUUCCACGAUCUGCUAUCUGCCAUGUGAUUAAGCCUAUCUGGAUGUACAACCUGAUCAUCCUGAUUUCCACACUGGCUUUCUUUCUGCUCCCCAUGCUGAUAAUUAGCAUUCUCUACCUCCUCAUUGGCUUGCAGCUGUACAGGGAAAAGAUGAUAACUGUGGUGGACACCGGGGGUUGCUUUGGACCGGAAAGUUUGUCUAGGUCCCACAAGCAGAAGAUGAGCAAACGCAACCUGCAAGUCACCAAAAUGCUGUGUGUGCUGGUGGUUGUGUUUGGCCUUUGCUGGGCUCCCUUCCACGUGGACCGCUUGAUGUGGAGCUACAUUGACCCCUCGUUUGAGGAGCAUCAUCAGGUCUUUGGGUACGUCCACAUCGUCUCUGGAGUCUUCUUCUACCUAAGCUCUGCCGUCAACCCUAUCCUAUACAACCUCAUGUCAACCAGGUUCAGAGAAAUGUUCAGUCGCAGUACUUGUUUUUGUAACAGCUGGCCGGUGCGCUCCAGCAUACAGAUGACCCAACGCAGCACCUUGAGCGAGAAAAUGCCCAACAGUAUCUAGUCGGGGCCAAAGGAAAAUGGUGUGGAUUGUAUCCUAUGGCCUACACAGUUGCCUGAACUCAUUCCAGCACCAGCACCAACACACCCAAUGAGGGAAUUUUCUUUUGAAAAAUGUUGUUUAUCGCUCCAGUAGAGCUCAGUGGCUUCUCUAUGCCAAGGAGCAUUGAAGUUUCGUAUGCUUGCGCUGUUCCAACACCCUAUUUAGGUUUUUCCUUUUAUUUGUCACCCAUCCGUACAUAUCAGUAGCCCAUAGACCUUCAUAUAAGAAAGGUCCCCAAAUGGAAUGAUAUCUUCCCAUUUGUGGUAGGGAAUGUCACACAAAGACAAGAUUAACUAGCAUUAGUUACACUGAAUGGUUAGAACAAUGUGACCAAAGGCUACGUGUAAAGCCUUAAGAGAUGCACUUAAGAAAAAAAAGCAUUAUUUUUGCAGCACUAUUUUUUACUGUAUUUUAAAGUCCUUCAGACUGCAGAAAUAUCUACAGUAACUGAACUGAACUUGGUAAGAGAGACUGAAUUAAGAGAAAAAAAAUGAUGGGAUGAAGGAACAUCCACCUCUCCAAAGUCAAUGUUCAGACGAACAAUGAAAUUAUCAUAUUUUAUCAUGUACGCUUUCACAGCAAAGAAGAAAUGCAUAAUGGCUCCUGUCUAGGAAUGAAAUGAAAGACGAUCAAGGGAAGGAGGGGAAUAAACGCAAGGUAAUGGUUUGUCUGUGGCAAAGCUGAUCAGAUGUGCCUUGCAAGUAUUUCUUUGAUAACUGUGUUGUGUACUUACUUAUACAAUGUCUAAUGUUAGUAAGUUUACAUGUUGUUUAAUACUUAAUUAAAAGAAGUAUAUUGCUUUAGAAAUGGUUACUGCCAGGAUUAAAUGAUCAGCUGCAUCCAUUGCUUUCCUGAUAAGUUUUUGUUUCAUGUGUUGAAUUAUUGCUUUAAUGUUUUUGUAAAUUAUAUUGAAAACAGUGCC